AUGGCCGAGCAACGACCGAGCCUGCCCCGGCUCGACACGGGCGUCUUACACGACGAGCCGGACUCGGAGCGCCUCAUCAUGGCCGUCGCCCAGACGCUCAACAUCCCCCGCAAAGACAUUUUGCUCUUCGACUCGUUUGCAGACCUCGGCGGCGACCAAGAGGCCGCCGAGACGGUGCGCCUGGCCUGUCGGAGGAAGGGCAUCGAGGCCAAAGCUGACGACAUCAUGGGCUGCCACACCCUCGCCGAGCUGCAGACUCGCAUUACACCGUUCCCGCCACGUCUUAUGAGCCCCGUGGAGGCUAGUAAUCCUGCCUCCGAGGACGACAACGAAUCAGGACCGUCUAGCUUGAGCGCCAGCGCAGACGACCUCUUCUCACCAGUCCACCGAUACUCGGUAUCCAGCUACGGCUCGCACACGACCUCGUCGAGCAGCGACGACUCUUGCGUCGCCACCAGACCGACCGGCCAAGACAUCGAGAGCCUGCUGAAAUCCAGCCCGCGGGUCAGCAAUGUAUGUCUAGUGACGCCGCGUGCCGGGCCCUUCGACGGCCAGCUCGUGGCCCUGGUCAAGAUGUGCGACUCGGAGGCCCUCCCCGCCACUCCUCCGUCCAACGACAUCUUACUGCCGCCUCGCUCCGAACACGCCGCGCAGAAACGCGAGAUCCGCUUGUUGCGCAUGGCCGUGCAGGAAUGGGGCGCCGACUCGCGGCGGCCGCAGAUCUGGAUCCCGCUGCGGCGCAUGGCCGAGCGCGAUGGCGGUCGCCCGGACACCAGGAGGCUGCAGACGUGGGUGCAGAACAUCAACGAGGCCGUCUAUGAGGACAUUAUGACGUUGCAGAUCCCGGAGCCGCGGCGCCCCUCGCUCAACCCGUCCUCGCGCGAGCAGCACCGCCGGUCGUGGGCCGAGUCCCGCAUGGAGGUUUGGCGGGAGGACGACGAGGUCGACUGUGACGAGAUGGAGUGCUUCCCGCUGGCGCCCAUGCAGCAGCUUUAUUUCCAGACGUCGAUGCAGCAUAUGCGCGAGUCAAGUUGCAUCGUUGAGCCUGAAUACCGCCACAGCCAGAGUAUCAUGUUGAGAGUCAAGGGGGGAGCCGACAGUUCUGAUAUCGAGGCCGCCGUUGAGGCCAUGGUUGCUCGCCAUGCCAUGCUUCGAGCUCGAUUCAGGCCCGCUCAUGACGAGUGGGUGCAAGUCAUCAUCCCGCAAGCCUCAAACUCGUAUCGCUUCGGCCAUCACUCCGACGUCGACGACGAGGAGAUGUCGGCGCUCGUCGAGGCCGCCCAAGCCGCCAUCAACCCCACAGACGGCCCCGUCUUUGCGGUCGAGCAUGUCCAGAACGACAACGAGCAGAUGCUCUACCUCGUGGCGCACCACCUGGUGGUGGACUUGAUCUCGUGGCGCAUCAUGGUGCAUGAUCUCGACGAGCUGCUCCAAGAAGGGACGCUCCUCUCCGAGGGUUCUAUUCCGUUUCCCCACUGGGUCGAUUACCAGAGCUAUGAGAUGAGCCAGCGACUGUUCGAGCCCACCCUCCCGUUUGAGGUGCUGCCAGCCGACCUCGGCUACUGGGAUGUAAGUCGCGAUGCCAACUGCUACGGUAACACUCAACAAUCCACCUUUACCCUCUCCACCGAACUCUCCUCGAUCCUGCAGAAAGCGUGCAGCGACGUGCUGAGGACGGACGCCGCCGACGUAUUCCUGGCCUCUCUGCUUCUCUCAUUCCGCCAGACAUUCACAGACCGUAGCCCUCCUACCCUCUGGAAGUCGGAGCAUGGCCGCGAGGUGGUUCACGCCGACUUCAACAUCAUGGAGACGGUUGGCUGGUUCACAUCAAUGUGCCCCGUCGGCGUCGGCCUGGAAGCCGCAACAGACUUGCUCCAGGUCAUCAAGCUGAUGAAGGACACCCGCCGGGCGAUCCCCCGCGACGGCAUCCCCUUCUUCACGUCCGAGUUCUCCACCGCCGAAGGCGCCUCGGGCAUCCCCGUCGAGGUGGUUCUUAACUGGGUCGACACGCUACAGGGCAUCCAGCGCGAGCACGGCAUCCUGCAGCCCAUGACCAUUCCCGGCCAGGCGGCGCGCACGCUGAGGUCCGACAUUGGCGCCAACGUUGGCCGCCUGGCGCUGUUCGAGGUGACGGUCAUGAUGGACGACUCGGGCGCCAACGUCGAGUUCACGUACCACAAACAUGCCGACCACCAGGACAAAAUUCAGCUGUGGCUGCAGAGCUUCGAGCACCUGGUGCUAGAGGCAAUCGGCCGGCUGCGCUAUCACGAGCCCGAACUGACCUUGUCCGAUGUGCCCCUUCUCAGGACAUCCUACAAAGCACUCACCAGGCUGGGCACCGACCGUCUUGUUGGAUCCGGCCUCCCGAGCUCCAAGGACAUUGAGACCAUCUACCCCGUCACACCCGCGCAGCAGGAGAUCCUCAUGUCGCAGAGCCAGAGCGCCGAGAGCUUCCACGUCCACGGCGUGUACGAGCUGCGAGCGCCCGACGGCACCGCAGUCGACGCCACUCGCCUGUGCAAGGCCUGGCAGAGCAUCGUGGCCAACAAGCCGGCCCUGCGUAGCAUCUUCAUCGACAGCGUCUCUCGAGAGGGCCUGUUCGACCAGGUCGUGCUCAAGAAGGCGUCGCCGAGCAUGCUGUUUCUCGAGUCGUCCAGGCCUGAGGAGGCGCUGUCCCGGGUGCCAGCCCUCAAGAUGCCCCUGAUGGAGCCGCGCCAUCGUCUUUCGGUGUGCCAUACAACCGCCAAGACGUUGGUGAGGGUGGAUGUCAGCCAAGCAAUCUGCGAUUUGACGAGCGUCCACAACCUCAUGGAAGAGCUGUGCAGCGUCUACUCUGGCCAUACGCCCUCGCACAACGAGGCCCUCCACCACACAUAUCUCUACCACGUCUCAUCCCUGGAUACAGCUUACAGCCUCGAGGUUUGGAAAACAGACCUAGCCUCCGCCAAGCCGUGUCUCUUCCCCCGCCUAACCCCUGAAGCUGAAGACGUCGCCAAGCCGCAGCCCUUCGACCUUGAGGUGAGUCGCGCGCAGCUCAUGGCAUUCUGCCGCGGCCGCGAGGUCGAGCCCGCUUCGGUUCUGCAGCUUGCGUGGGCUCUCGUCCUGCGUGCCUUUGUCGGCAUGGACCACGUUUCCUUUGGCUACCAGUAUGCCGGCCGCGACGAAGAGCUCCUCCGAGGCAUCGGCGAGGCCGUCGGUAGCUUUGCCAGCAUCCUGCCUUGCUCCGUCGACGUCUCUCCCGACCAGACCAUCAAGGAGUGCUUAGCGGCCGUGGACGAGGCCUUUGCCAACUCCCGCAAGCACCAGAACCUCACCAUGGCCGAGAUCCAGCACGCCCUCCACCUCCGCGAGAACCUCUUCAACACCUGCUUCUUCUUCGAGGACGCAGACCUCUUCGCAGGGUACGCGCGUGACGGCGCUGAUAUGAACCAGAUCAAACUCUCGCUGGUCACUUCUGCCCGUCGCACCGACUGCCAACUCUCCCUGACGGCCAUGUUCACCAACGACCGACUGCACGCCAACCUCAGCUCGCGCUUCCUCUCCAGCAACCAGGUCCACAGCGUCAUGAACAGCUUCGAGAGCGCGGUCAAGGCCAUCAUCGCGCACCCAACCCGCCUGAUCGGUGAGACGGACCUCUUCACCGACCGCGACUACGCCCAGCUCGUCCUGCACGACUGGGAGGCCGGCCAGCGGUCUCCGAAGGUCGACGCCUGUCUGCACGACGUGAUUCUGCGCCACGGCCAGAUUCGCCCGCAUGCGCCGGCCGUCUGUGCCUGGGACGGCGAGCUGUCUUAUAUCCAGCUGGCCACGCUGGUGACCAGGCUGAGGACGUAUCUGGUCAACCUCGGAGUCUGCCCUGGAAUGACGGUCCCCGUCGUGCUCGAGAAGAACCGCUGGGCUCCGGUGAUGCUUCUCGCCGUGAUGCAAGCCGGCGCCAGCUUUGUUGCGCUCGACUAUCAAGACCAAGUCACGGUGCAGUCCACCAUCCGAUAUCUCAACCCUCACAUCGUGCUCGCCAGCGAGACGGCUUGGAAGGAGCUCGGCGCUGUAGUGCUGAACCUAGUCAUCGUCAACGACGCCUUCUUCGCCAUGCUGCCGCCACACUUGUCGACGCUCGCCCGCGAGGCCACGCCCGACCACGCCGCUUGCGUCUUCGUCACCCCCAAGCGCACCAGCAGCGGCAGCUCGCGCAGCAUCUUCUUCACGCACUCGGCGCUGUGCUCGACCUUUGUCGCCCAGGGCCCCGCACUCAGGAUGGAUGCCGCGAGCCGCGUGCUGCAGCUGUCGGCCUUCAACGUCGACAUCUCGCUCGUGGAGAUACUCGGCACCAUGGUCCACGGCGGCUGUGUGUGCGUCCCGUCGCCCAGGGACCGCGUGCACGACCUGGCCGGCGCCAUCGCGAGGAUGGGCGUCACCUGGACGUACAUGACGACUGUGCUGGCUCGCCGUAUCAACCCUGCGUCCGUCCCGAGCCUCAAGACGCUCUGCUUCCGCACGCGCAAGCUUGACCAGGACACGUACGGCCCGUGGCUGGAGAACCGAACCGUACUGCUCGCCUACGGCGCUCCCGACGUCUGCCCCCUCGGCAUCUCCGUCACCGAGGUCGCCAAAGACAAGGACCUGAGCAUCAUCCCGCCGCCCCUGAUGGGCCGCUUCUGGAUCCUCAACCCCGAGGAUCCCCGGAAGCUGAUGCCCGUGGGCGCCAUCGGCGAGCUGGCCAUCGACAGCCCGAGCGUCACUCCUCACCGGUUCGCCCCUGACAUGCCGCUCGUGGCCCCAAGCCGGCGAAACAGCACGGCCAGUCCCUCGGAGAAGCCCAGGGCGCGGUACCUGAAGACGGGCCAUCGAGUCCGGUAUCUGGACGACGGCAAGGUCCAGUUCAUCUCCAGCGUCCGCGACGACGUCGUAGUUGAUGGCUCAAGCGUCGACGUUGCCAAUGUUGAGCAGAGAAUCCGCCGCUGUCUCGGCCCCGGCGUCGACGUCGUUGUCGACAAGAUCGCCACCAAGGACUCCCUGCGGAUCCUGGCCGCCUUCCUUGAGCUCGGCGACUCGCUCUUCGACGGCAAGGAGGGCCUCGAGGAAGUCAGCCAGCGGGUCAAGGAGCGCACCUUUAUCGCCAAGAAGCUCUUCGAGGCAUCCCUCGACAACCCAGACGCCAGCGCACCCAGACUGCCGGAGCACUGCGUACCGGCCGUCUUCAUUCCGCUCAAGGCGUUCCCCAUGUCGACGUCGCUCAAGAUCAACCGCCGCAAGCUGCUCCGCAUGGCCGCGGGCCUGACGUACGCGGAGCUCGUCGACAUGUCGAGCGUGCCCAACCCGCAGGAGAUCCAGCGCGUCGUCCUCGCCCAGAAGCCGCUGCCCCUGACACGUCCCGAGGACGUCAUGCGCUCCGUCUGGGCGCGCGUGCUCGGCGUCCCGGUCGUGGAUAUUAGGGGGUCGAGCAGCUUCAUCUCGGCGGGAGGAAACAGGUUCUUGGCUUCGGAGCUCGUGGUUGCAUGCCGAAGGGUCGGCCUCAGAGUCUCCCUAGCCGACAUCUUCAAGGAGGUCACCCUCACGGAGAUCUGCCGCUCGGCGACCACUUCGUACCAGCCUCCCAAAAAGGAGCGCGUCAAGGCGCCGCGCAACUUGGCUUUGAUGAAGGGUUUCGACUCCAAGUUCGUCAAGAACGUCAUCGCCCCCAAGCUCCAGUGCAGAGCGCAAGACGUCCUCGACGUCACCGAGGCCUCGUCGGAGCAAAUCCGGAAUCUCGAGUUAGCUAUGUACAAGACCCGCGCCGACAUCGUCAGCAUCGUCUUGAACUUCAACGGCCGCCUUUCCGCCGACAAGCUCGAAGCUGCGUGCGAGGCGCUCACAAAACUACACCCUGCUCUCCGAACAGCUUUCGUCUUCCACGGGCAGCAGGUAUACCAAGUCCUGUGCAGUUCGUUCCAGCCCGCGUUCGAGACAUUUCAAUGCCCGACCUCACGGCUGGAGAGCGUCGCGGACAAGGUAGUCACGCAGAACCAGAGCAUCGAGUUCCAGCCUCACGUUCCGACUACGGACUUUACCUAUCUCGACGCUGGAGAGCAGGGUACUCUGAUCGUCCGACUUAGCAAGGCCCAGAUUGACGACGCCUCGGUGUCUCUUCUCGUACAGGAUCUUACCGCUCUAUAUGAAGACAACAACGACGUUCAGACCGCGUCCAGUUUCUACGCGUACAUGCGGGCAGCCAAGUCUGCGAGCGAAGCAGGCGGCAUUGAGUACUGGACCAAGCAGUUGGAGGGAGCCAAGAUGACCGAAGUCGUCUCGCACUCCAAGCCAUGCGGCCCAACAUCCCAAGUCAAGUCUGUCCAGGAAACAAUCAAGAUCAACACCCUCGGCGACCAAGGCAUGACACCAUACGACAUCGUCAAGGCGGCGUGGGCCACGGUGCUCGCCACCGUCUCCGGUGUAAACGACGUGCUCUUCGGCGAGACGAUUCAGGGGCACAACAUCAAGCUGCCAGCCAACGUCGACCUCUCCAGCAUGGUCGGCUGCCUGACCAACACCAUCCCGGUGCGCUUCCGUUUCCCUGCGCGACACAGCACGCCGCUGGACCUCAUGAAGUCCCUCCAGCGCCAGCGCCGCUCCAACUGCCGCUACGAGUCGUUUGGCGUCCGCGAGGUUGCGCAGAGAUGCACUCGCUGGCCAUCCUGGACGCGUUUCAGCACCGUGGUGCAUCACCAGACCACGGCUCCCGUCGACGGAUCUGCCACGCUCAACAUUGGGAGCACAACCUUCACUUACAAGACGGUCGAGCCCGAAGCGCGCGACCUACCAGAUCUUCUCGUGUGCUCGACGAUGCAGAGCUCCGAGCUGGUCAAUAUCCAGAUCCAGUUUGCCGAGAACCGAGUCAGCGCUGCCUUCGUCGAAGAGUGUAUGCGACUCCUUGUCGCGGCGUUGAAUACACUGACAUCCCGCGACACCUUCGCCCAGCCGAUGCUGCAAUCCGCAGCCGAGAUUGAGCGUUCAGAGAAGCGCAUCCCCUUCCCGGAACAGAAAGCUGCUGGACACGUUCCGAUCGACCAUCUCCUGCUUCCUGAGCAGCGAAGCAGCCUUGAGCAUGCCAUCGCCACAGCCUGGAACGAGGUGUUGAAGUCGACAGACCAGGAGGAGCCUCGGCAGACUCCAUUCUACAGCCGCGCAGACUCUCUCCUGCCUGCCCACACUCUCGCCUCGCGCCUCAACCAGAAGCUCCCCCAGCUCAACAUCGGAGGCAUCGACGGCGUCGUCUUCGCCGCAGAGGACGUCAUCGAGAACCCCACGCAGCAGGCCCAGCUCGCGUUCGUCGCCCAGGCUCUACGCGAAGGCGGCGCGCUCUCGCUGCCGCUGCGCAGCAAGACAACGAGCUUCCUGCCGGACAAGCCCGCGCCCAAGCCCGCCUCCAGCGCGGACAAGGCGUUGACGUGGCGCAACAGCAUGCGGCUCCUCCGCGGGCGCGACAGCAUGCGUGGGCUGAGCAUCAAGGCCCCGAGCUGGAAGAAGCACAAGGAGAGCAGGGAUCACGGGGAGAUGUCGCCUACCAGUGUCGACACCCCGCUGACUCCCAUUACUCCUCGCGAUCCGAUUACCAGCGUCCCGGAGCUCAUGGACAUUGAGUCGCUCUCGGGACUAUUUGCAGGACGGAAUAGUGGUGGCUCUGAUGGAAUUGCGGAGGCCAUCAUGGAGGAAAAUGGAGAGAAUCAAACAAAAGGUUCUGUUUAUGAGGAUGAAGUGAGUCCCUUGUCGACCACUGGUGGUGGAUAUCCGCACAUGUCCAUGUGGGGAAGAUUGAACGAUGCCACCCAAGAUGUGUCUCCAGUUGGACGUCACAAUUUUUUCAAGUAG